AUGCCUUCGGAUAGCGAGAACAUCACCUAUCUGUAUCAGGUCUUGACCCACAAUGGCCCCCCGACUAUCGACUGGGAAGCCGUCAGUGCUGCCCUUGAUCUGAAUAAGGGCGCAGUAAUGAAGCGCUGGUCCCGCCUCAAGUCAGCCGUGGAGAGACAGCAAACGUCUAGCAGCUCUUCGUAUCCCUUCCUCUGGCUCUGCGCUAAGCACAGCACCCGCACGAACCCUAUCAACUGGGAAGUCAUCGCCACAGCCUGCAACACUACGACUGGUGCAGCAUCCAAGCGCUACUCUCGUAUGAAACUGGCGUUCGAGAGGGGUGACGCUGUACCUAGUUCUCCCGUUAAGGCCUCUCCUGCUAAGACCAAGGCUGCCUGCAAGCCCGUUACCAAGGACGAACCUGGUGCUUCUGAGAAUUUCAAGACAUCACCCAACGCGAAGCGCAAGCGCUCAGUUCUCAAGACCACCACUGCUCUUGACGAUGAAGAUAAAGAGUCAGAUGUCAAGCCAAAGCGUGGCAAGCGCAACAUGACCAAGAAAGCGGCUGUCAAGGAAGAGUACGAGGAUAGCGAUGCGUUCUUCAGCGUUGAAGAGCCCACCGGAGCCAUCACUGAAGCAGCGGAUGUCAAGUCGGAAGAGCAUAAUAACUUGCUUCCGGCCGAUGACGUGUGCGCUUGA